AUGGCCGAUACUGAACUAAGCAAAGGCGAUCUUUUCAGUCUGUUCACUAAGGAGGAGAGAUACUCCAACCCUAUCAACGGUGUCUAUCAGAUUUUCAACACCAAGAAAAAUGAUGGUACCAGCACCAACCGGAAGAAUAUUGUUUUGAUGUCUGAUGGGGUGUACUACAUGAAGAUGUUGUUUAGAAACGAGGCUGCUGACAAGUUCCAAAGUCAAGAAUUGCAGAAGGGUGACAUCGUUCGUAUAACGGCAGCAGACGCUGUUUCUCUGAAGAACAAAACCAGGUUCGUUGUUUUGGUUGACGAUUUUGAGCUGGUGGAUGCUGGUAAGGAAUUGGUUAACCCCAACAGCACCUUCUUGAACACGUACAUGGCCGCGCACAUUAACGAACUUGUUCCCGAGUUGAAGGGCGACGAUGAAGCAAACGAUGCACACCCUGCCGCGGAAAAUUCGACGACAACUGGUAUCAGUGGUACUGCAACUAACAGUGGGGCCGCAGCUGCUUCGGCCACGAACUCGAUGACUGGGCAGUCUGACAGACCUUUGGGGAAUCCGGCAACGAGCUUCGGGAACUCCUCCAAGUCCAAACCAAUCUUCGCUAUAGAACAACUGUCUCCUUAUCAGAACGUGUGGACUAUCAAGGCAAGAGUGUCAUUCAAGGGUGAAAUCAAGACAUGGAGUAACCAAAGAGGCGAGGGUAAACUAUUCAAUGUCAACUUCCUGGAUACUUCAGGAGAAAUCAGAGCUACUGCUUUCAACGACAUGGCCACUAAGUAUUACGAAAUUCUGCAAGAGGGCAAGGUAUACUACGUCUCCAAAGCAAGAUUACAACCGGCCAAACCGCAAUUUUCUAAUCUUUCUCACCCAUACGAACUAAGCUUGGACAGAGAAAGUGUUGUCGAAGAAUGUCAAGACGACAUAAAUGUCCCCAAGACUCAUUUCAACUUUAUCAAAUUAGACACGGUGCAAAACCAGGAGGCAAACUCCACUGUGGACGUCCUGGGUAUCAUUAAGACCGUAAACGAUGCAUUUACACUGACUUCUAGGGCGGGCAAAACGUUUGACCGUCGUGAUAUUGUGCUAGUUGACGACUCUAAUUCCUCAAUUAAUGUGGGUUUAUGGAACACUUUGGCCAAAGAAUUCAACAUGCCAGAGGGGUCAGUGGUGGCGAUAAAGGGUGUUCGUGUCUCUGAUUUCGGCGGUAAGUCUCUGACAAUGGGAUUUACCAGCAACCUGAUUCCCAAUCCUGAGAUCCCUGAAGCUUAUGCAUUGAAGGGGUGGUACGAUUCUGAGGGUCACUCGGCGAACUUCACCGCUCUGGGCCAAGAUAACGUUCCAGGCGCCAGCCCCAACGCAGGCAAGUUCAUCGCUCAACGGAUCUCGAUCGGUAAAGCUAUAGCUGAUAACCUGGGGAAAAGUGAUGCUGGUGACUACUUCAGCAUCAGGGCAGCUAUCAGUUUUUUGAAAGUCGACAACUUUGCGUACCCUGCUUGUUCGAAUAAAGAUUGUAACAAGAAAGCUAUUCAAUCGACCGAUGGUACUUGGAGAUGUGAGAAGUGUAAUACAGACAACGAGAAGCCCGAAUGGAGAUAUAUUUUAACGCUUUCGAUCAUGGACGAGACUGGACAACUGUGGGUGGUGCUGUUCAACGAGCAAGCUGAACAGCUACUCGGUGUUUCUGCGACGAAAUUGACUGAUUUGAAAGAAAAGGAUCCUAAAGAAUUUAGUAGAUUGACCCAAAACUUGCAGAUGAACCAAUACGAUUUCCGGAUCAGGGCAAGGGAGGACAACUACAACGACCAAACGAGAAUCAGAUACAGUGUAUCCAACAUACACCAACUGAAUUACAAAGCUGAGGCCGAUUUCUUGGCAGCUGAACUGUCAAAAGCAUUUCUAGAGUGA